CACCAGUCAACUCCGCUCCGCUCGCCACUCGCCGCCUGCUUCGAAAUCGAAACCGAGUCGCGCUCGCGAAUCCUCCGUCGGGCUACGGCGGGCGCUCCUCCGCCUCCCAUGGAUCUCCUCUGCCCCGGCGAUCCCACGGUCUGGGACGGGAGGCGUUUCGCGCCGUGCUUCGCGGAUUUGGUGCUGGGGUUCGCGGGGAAUGUGGUCGUCGCGGCUGCUGCCGUCGCGCUCUUCCUUUCCAAGAGGAACGCGCCGAGGACUCAGAAUGUCAGGAGAGGUUUGUCGGAGAAGUUGUUUGUAUUCGGUGUUCCUGGUUUUGCAGCCUGCCUUUCAUUGCUUGGACUAACUAUGCUUGUAAAGAAGAAAAUUGAUGGGAAAGAUGUGGAGAAUCACGAACUAUUCUUCAUAUGCUCCCAGUUUAUUACAUGGAUGUCUGUAAUCCUCGUCUGUGCGAAUGGGCCUUGGUUUGAAAUCCUCUGCAACCCAACCAUGUGGUUCUGCUGGGUCUUGAAGAUUCUUCUAGAGAUACCUCAUUUGCAAUACAAGCUUACAUUACCAAAGGCGAUUGUAUCUUUUAUGGAGAUUGUCUCAUUUUCUACUGCAAGUACAUUUGGACUCUUUGUUAUUGUGGCUGCUGUAGUGGACCGAUCAUGCAACAGAAGAAAAGUGAACUCUAUUGAAGCACCACUUGUUCCAAAGAAUGAAAAAGAUGAGGGUGAAACUACGGACUUGGUAAAUAAGGACUAUAAUUUGUGGGAACUGUUGACUUUCAAGUUCGUUAAUCCAAUUAUGAAGAUUGGUAUCACAAGACAACUUGACUUCACAGAUCUACUUGAAUUUCCUGCUGAGCUUAGAGCUUCCUCCUGUUACGAAAAACUUCUGUCUUCCUGGACUGCUGAACAUCAAAAUCACCAUGACAACUCAUCUCUACUUAGAGCCAUGUCUUGUGCAUAUGGAUGGACUUACCUGCGUUUGGGCCUUUUAAAGGUGAUAAAUGACAGCAUCAGUUUUGUUAGCCCGCUGCUACUCAACAAGUUUAUAAGAUUUCUUCAGCAAGGUUCUGGAGGCAUGGAAGGAUAUGUUCUUGCCAUUUCCCUAGGAUUGACUUCUAUUAUCAAGUCGUUUUUAGAUAGCCAGUACUCCUUUCGUCUAGCAAAGCUCAAGUUGAUGUUACGGUCGAGCAUCAUGGGGAUAGUUUAUCGGAAGUGCCUAUGUCUUAGUCUAGCUGAGCGUUCUAGGUUUUCUGAAGGUGAGAUUCAGACCUUCAUGUCUGUUGAUGCUGAUCGCACAAUAAACCUGUGUAACAGCCUUCACGAUGCCUGGAGCUUGCCGCUGCAGAUUGGAGUUGCUCUUUAUCUAUUGUAUACACAAGUCAGUUAUGCUUUUUUAUCAGGGCUUGCAAUAACUAUCAUACUAAUACCAGUAAACAAAUGGAUUUCUACAAGGAUUGCUGGUGCAACAGAAAAGAUGAUGAAGCAAAAAGACAGGAGGAUAAGUUGUGCAGGAGAGCUCUUGGCACAUAUUAGAACAGUGAAGAUGUACAGCUGGGAGAAACUAUUCACAGAACGUUUGGUGGAAAGAAGAGAACUAGAAGUGCAGCAUCUUGCGACCAGAAAAUAUCUGGAUGCUUGGUGUGUCUAUUUCUGGGCAACUACACCAACUUUGUUCUCCCUUUUCACCUUUUCCAUAUUCGCAGUAAUGGGCCACCCACUGGAUGCUGCCACGGUAUUUACUUGUGUUGCACUCUUUAACACAUUAAUAUCGCCGUUAAACUCAUUUCCAUGGGUUAUAAACGGGAUGAUUGAUGCUGUUAUCUCUAACAGACGGCUGAGCAAUUAUUUAUCUACUCCAGAACAUUGCUCAUCUGAGUUGAGUGCCUCGGCUGACCUUUUGAAGCACCACUUUAAAAGAUAUACCGAAGCAAAUCAUAAUCCCAUGGCUGUCGUCCUUCAGAACAUAUGUUGUUCAUGGUCUAGCAGCUCUGAUGUUGAGCCGAGCAUAGUUCUGAGAGACAUAUCUCUGCAGAUACAGAAAGGCCUCUUUGUUGCAAUUGUAGGCGAGGUUGGUUCUGGUAAAUCAGCUUUGCUGAACUCUAUCAUUGGAGAGACUCGUGUCAUCAGCGGUUCUAUUAGCUCUUGUGGUUCAAUUGCCUAUGUACCACAGGUACCGUGGAUCUUAUCUGGCUGUUUACGAGAUAAUAUUUUGCUUGGGAAAGAAUUUGAUCCAAGGAGAUACAAAGAAGUAAUAGAGGCAUGUGCACUUGAUGUUGACAUAUCAGCAAUGGCCAGAGGAGAUAUGUCACAUAUUGGAGAAAAAGGUACCAACUUAUCUGGUGGACAGAGAGCCCGUCUAGCAUUAGCAAGGGCUUUGUAUCACAAUUCCGAUGUGUACUUGUUUGAUGACAUCCUUAGUGCAGUUGACUCACAAGUUGCUUCAUGGAUCCUGGAAAAGACCAUUAUGGGCCCCCCUAUGAAGCGCAAAACAAGAUUAAUAAGCACCCACAAUCUUCAGGCCAUUUAUGCUGCAGAUAUGAUUGUAGUCAUGGCUAAUGGGCUUGUUAAAUGGUUUGGGACACUGGAAUCUUUCUUGGAAACACCAUAUUCAAGAAUCUCUAAGCCAGACAGUUCAAGCCCUACCUCAUCAGCAGUUUCUAAGAAAGAUAAAACACCAAGUGUCUCGUGUGAAUUCAAGGCUGAUGUUUUACUUGACGACGAUUCAGUGGUUGCAUAUGAGGAGCAAAACGAUCAUGUUGAAGCAGAGGCAAGGAAAGAAGGCAGGGUUGAGCUCGGUGUGUACAAAAAAUAUGCAACAUUUGCGGGAUGGUCAACUGUUAUUCUCAUAUGCCUAAGUGCGUUCUUAAUGCAAGCAUCUCGUAAUGGCAAUGAUCUUUGGUUAACUUACUGGGUUGAUACCAGUAAAGGCACCGAAAACACAAGAUUUUAUCUGAUUAUCCUUGCUAUGUUUGGCAUAAUCAACUCUCUUUUCACAUUGGGAAGGGCAUUUUCUUUUGCAUUUGGUGGUCUCCGCGCAGCAAUCCAUAUCCAUGCGUCUCUUCUUGAAAAUAUAAUCAGUGCACCGGUUUGUUUUUUUGACCAAAACCCUAGUGGUCGGAUCCUAAACAGAUUAUCAUCAGACCUCUACACUGUUGAUGAUUCUCUUCCAUUUAUCCUCAAUAUAUUUGUGGCCAACUUCUUCAGCUUGCUUGGCACUCUGGUUGUUUUGUCUUAUUCGCAGGUUUCCUUCCUACUCAUCUUACUUCCUCUCUGGCUUAUCUAUAGCAAAUUGCAGUUCUAUUACAGAUCGACGUCACGUGAAGUAAGGCGACUUGACAGCGUUGCUCGUUCACCGAUCUAUUUAUCUUUUACAGAGACGCUUGAUGGUUCAUCAACAAUAAGAGCAUUUCAAAAAGAAGAUUUCUUCUUGGAAAGAUUCAUCCAACAUGUGACACUAUAUCAGAAAACAUCCUACUCUGAGCUGAUUGCUGGUUUGUGGCUCUCAUUGAGACUCCAGUUGUUGGCAGGUUUCAUCAUUCUGUUCAUCGCCAUGAUGGCCACUGUCAGCUUCCAUAGCAAUUCUCUUGUUAACUUUGGAACACCUGGACUGGUGGGCCUGGCUCUAUCAUAUGCAGCACCUGUUGUAUCACUGUUGAAUGGCUUCUUAACCACCUUUACAGAGACAGAAAAGGAAAUGAUCUCUGUUGAGAGGGUUGUCGAGUAUGUUGGUAUACCUCAAGAAGAACUCCAGGGAUCAGAAUCUCCACCGAGAAGCUGGCCAACAGAAGGGAUGAUUGAGUUUGAACAUGUAACUCUGAGGUACAAGCCAGAGUUACCACCGGCUUUGAUUGAUGUUUCCUUCCUUAUUGCAUCAGGCAUGCAGGUUGGAAUAAUAGGAAGGACUGGAGCAGGCAAAUCCAGUAUACUGAAUGCACUUUUCCGUUUAGCUCCAAUCUGCAACGGCCGCAUCUUGGUAGAUGACAUUGAUGUGUCUAGAGUUGCUGUCCAAGAACUUCGGAGACAUUUUGCAGUAGUCCCACAGAUCCCCUUUUUGUUUGAUGGAUCUUUGAGGGAGAACCUGGAUCCUUUUAAUACAACAACAGAUCUCAGGAUAUGGGAAGUUCUUGAAAAAUGCCAUAUGAAGGUAGAGAUUGAAUCAAUAGGUGGGCUAGACAUCCAUGUGAAAGAAAGUGGUGCAUCUUUUUCAGUAGGCCAGCGACAGCUACUCUGCCUUGCCCGUGCCAUCCUAAAAUCAUCCAAGGUACUUUGUCUUGAUGAAUGCACAGCCAAUGUUGACAACCAAACAGCCUUCCUGUUGCAAAAUACUAUUUCUGCUGAAUGCAAAGGCAUGACAGUUCUCACCAUAGCACAUCGUAUUUCAACGGUGAUGAAGAUGGACAAUAUUAUAGUUCUUGAUCAAGGCAGACUGGUCGAAGAAGGAAACCCAGAAGUUCUUAUGAAAGGCAAAUACUCAAGAUUCGCACGAUUUGCCAAGGCAUCUAACAUGUGAUUCUGGGAACAUGCUCCGCUACCAUGUUACUAGGCCUCAGUGUUAGCAGUUAGCACUCACUCUGAGGACAGAUGUUUUACUCUAUAAUGAGCUCGUAAGAACAGCUAUAACAAUUUGCACCCAUAGCUAACAGAAGCUCUGAUCCACGAGCUAUGCGAAACAUCAAGCAGAAAAGGUCAAGAUCUUCUGAAAUGGGUCAGAGCUUGUUUCUGAAAGAGAAGUCAUUCAUGAACUCAAUUGCUUUGACUUCUUCCCAUUUCCUCAUGGUUGCUUGGUUUGGUACCUGGGAAAGGGAUAACUAAAUCAAAUUUGAUAGCUUCUGCCAA